AUGGAAAUGAAUUAUUGGAGAAGAUGUUGCCAACUCACUAGAAGAGAGAGAGUAAGGAAUACUGAAAUCAGAGAGCGUAUGGGCAUAGACAUUGACAUCCUGGUAGAAUGCAAAAGGCUGAAAUGGUAUGGACAUGUAGAAAGGAUGAAUGAUCAACGAUGGCCAAAGAGAAUGUUACAGUGGAUCCCCACUAACCGCAGGAAAAAGGGAAGACCAAGAAGAUCGUGGAGACAAGAAGUAAAAGGUGCAAUGGAAGAUAGGGGUCUACAAGUAGAUGACUGGAACGAUCGCAAGCGUUGGAAGCUAGGUCGUGUAUCUAAGUUCAGGCAUUUAAAAGGAACUCCUCUACAUAAGUCUUUCCACAUAGAAAAUAUUAGAAACCUCAGCAGGCAGAUUCCAGGGGAAUGUGAUGGAUUUCAAGCAAAUCCCGAAAGAGUCGCAGUGCCUCUGAGCGGUCCUGGCGGAAAAAUCGCAAUAUUUGAACUGAGUAAAACGGGCAAACUACCGGACGGCGUAAUCCCUGCCUUGGUACACGGUAAUAGCGUCAUGGACUUCACUUGGGAUCCGUUCGAUACGAAACGACUGGCAGUGGCGUGCGAUGAUGGGGUCGUGAAAUUAUGGAGGAUACCGGAUAACGGUCUCACGGAGCAAACUAACGAGGCGGAGGCAGAAUUUUGUGCUCACUCCGACAAGAUUUAUUUCAUUAAGUUUCAUCCCACUGCUAAGGACGUUUUAGCUUCAGGUUCGUAUGAUAUGACAAUAAAACUAUGGGACCUAAGUACAUUGACGGAAAAAAUCGUCCUCAAAGGCCACUCCGAUCAGAUUUUUAGCUUCGCUUGGUCUCCUUGUGGCUCAUUUUGCGCCACAGUGAGCAAAGACAGCAAAAUCCGCAUAUAUAAGCCUCGUAGCAAUGACAAUCCCAUUAGAGAAGGAAAAGGUCCCGAAGGAAAUCGCGGAGCGAGAAUCACGUGGGCUUUGGAUGGGCAUUUCAUCGUCGCUACUGGUUUUGAUAAGGUUUCCGAAAGACAGAUUACUGCCUAUAAGGCAAAUGAUUUGUCUAAUCCGUUGAAUACAGUCGGUUUGGAUGUAUCUCCUGCGAUUCUGAUUCCCUUUUACGAUGAUGACAGUUCAACGUUAUUUGUUACAGGAAAGGGCGAUUCAACAAUAUACGCCUUCGAAAUAACAGAAGAACACCCCUUCAUAUGUCCCUUGAGCCACCACCGGUGUACUACCCUACACCAAGGUCUUUCUUUUCUCCCUAAAAACGUCUGUGAUGUAUCGAAUGUUGAGUUCGCCAAAGCUCUGAGGCUCACCAACAACUCGAUUGAGCCUCUAUCUUUUACUGUACCUAGAAUAAAGACCGAUCUAUUUCAAGAUGAUCUCUUCCCGCCAACCAGACUGACAUGGAAUCCAACAAUGUCCAGUUCGGAAUGGUUCAGCGGCAAAGAAAAACCUCCGCAGAAGAUCAGUUUGCAACCUGAAGGAAUGGAAUUAUCAGCAAACCGACUCCCAUCCAGGAAACCAUCCAUAAGAACAGCCCAGCAGCUAACAGCAGAUGAUUUCAAUGUUACCUCCAGAUGGCGCACGCUGUGGACUGAGGAAGCCCCACCUGAAGUGUCCAACCUUAUUGACCCAGUACAAAAGCCUGGCUUCGACCAGCCACGAAACAUAUGGAAGAGCCUAAACCGAAUUAGAACGGGACAUGCAGUAUGCGCAUACAACCUACAUAAAUGGGGAAAACAACCUACCUCCAGCUGCGACUGUGGAGCUUUAGUAUCAGAAUCCCAAGGACAACCGAAUAGUGCGACUGAGAGAACAAUAAACAAAUCUGCCUCUAGUCCUUUCAUUGGAAUCAAUCACGGAAGGGUUGGAUGGGAUGUCGAUUCCAGCGAUGUGAAGAAUAAACAAGAUGAAAUUAAGAGAUCAGUCAGCAAUAAACUUCAAGUUAACAAGACGCUAGAACAAGACGCCAUGGAAGGCGUGGACGAAAAAGAGUGGCUGGAAUAAAUCCACAUAACUUAGGUAAAAAUUAGGUACAUUAUUCAUAACCGAAUAACAAAAAAAUAUACAGGACGCUUUUUUUGUAUUUAACAAAUUUAUUUUUUAUAUGUUUGUACUCAAAAGAUGGAUCUAGUUUUCCUGGUAUUGCAUGGAGUCAUAAAGAGGGAUGGAGUCGUCAGUUUUUGGAUAUAAUCUUCUAUGCUGAAAGUUAAAAGUAGCAUAUAGAACUAGAAAUUUGUUCUAAUCACGAUUUUAAUGUUGCAAUUUUAAAUUAAACCCUUUAUAAAAGAAUCGCUCCAUCUAUGAGGCUUUAUGCAAAGCUCCAAAUGCAGUAUCCACAGUUUUUGAACGAAACUGCUUCAUAAUUUGUAGAUAGGUACGAUUUUUAAUGGUUAAGAUACUGAGCUUUUGUUAUGCUUAUUUUUGGUGAAAGGACGGAAUAGUAGAUAAUAAUGUCGUACUUUUCGUGAAGCUUGCUUGCUGUUUAAAAAAGUAUCCAAGAUAUGGAUACCGGAAAAAAGACAAAUGUGUUUCUGAAAGAAACGUAAUAUUUUGUUUAUUGGUUGAUUAUGAGUUUGAAAGUGUUUACAUUUCUUUUGGAACUUUGGAAUUUUAUGGUUUAGUGUAGUUUUUGUGAAAUUUUUGAGGUGAUGUUAAUAAAUGGUACUAAAUGGGCGGGAAAAUUUAUCAUUUACGAAGGGUGAUCAAAAAGUUCCACGACUAAUUGUGUAAAAAUUUUAUUUAAAAAUAUUGUAAAUAAUUAAUGAUCCUCUUCAAAGUACUCCCUUUGGCAACGUGGACACUUCUUCAAAGAAUGUUUCCACAGCUGGUAGGACCCUGCAAAGUGUUCUUGUAAUAUGCUGCUUAGCUCCUGCAGUGAUUUUUCUGUAGGUUUCAAUCAUGUCACACGUGUGCCCUUUCAUAGAUCUCUUGGAAAACAAGACAAGUCUGCACGGGAGGGGGACUGAGGGAUGGCAGUAAUACCGUCUUUUUAGCGGUUUUCAAAGCAGAAUGAACUACUUGAUCUACAGACUUUCUUUGCACAGUCUUACAAUAAUAACUCAACAGUCGAAAUCAGCAAAAAAGAGUAAUUGUUUCACCUCGUUGGGAUAAUUCCCAGUACACCACACACUUACAAUUAAAAAUAAAUAAUAAACAUGACACGAACGGUUUUUCCCUUCUUCUUUUUUAGGUGUUGUAGAAAUUCUGGAUUUCCAUCGAUAUGAUUGAUUCUUUGCUUCCCCAUCGUAAACAUAAAACCAUGCAAAUGGUAUGGUCCAUACUGAUUAUGCGCUUCAAAAAUUUUUCAUUGCGAUUUGCCAUUUCAAGAACUUCUUAACAAAUCUGAAUUCCUGCGGUUUGUGGUGUGCCUCCGAACAAAUCUUGCCGUCAAGAAUGUUGAGACGACGGUUUGGCCGUACGAGACUUCGUUCUUACGUGCCCUUUUUCACUCGCAGUUGACGGUCGUCCUGAACUUGAUUGCUGAUGGCCUCAGGUCUUCUCUAAACCUCCUGAACCACUAGCUUGCGUUGUCACAGUAAACAAUACAACCAACCGCACUUCUCUUUGUUGAAAUCUUUUUACAUAAAUCAAAAAGUCUUGGAACUUGAUGAUCACUCCUCGUAUGUCAUUUAAGAAAUUUUUGGGUAUAGUGUAUCUAUUGCCAAUUGAGAUAGCAAAAUAGCUUAAAGCUGGCAACGCUUAUAAUUAUGUGGCACAUCUGAUGGAGUUGGCAGUUUUUCUUUUAUUAGAUUUAUAAAAAAUUAAAGAAAAUGUGCAUUAUCUUGACAUGUUAAAACCUUUGAGCACCAGACAUAUUUUAUGUAUGUUGCUAUUAGAAUUAUGACAAUUCUGAAGAUUUAUUUGGCGGAAAAUAACCUAUACUGUAAUAUUAAUAAAUAUUAUGAAAUAAUAAAUAUGUUUAUGAGGUAACAAGUAUCAGCUAUAAGAGAUUUGUUUAAGGUGUCAAUAGAUAAAAAGCUCUAUUGCCACAGUUAAUUUUUCUGUAAAAAAUAAACUUUUCACAGUCGGCUUUUUACGGAUAAAUAAACGCAGCUCGCUUUAACGGUAUUAAACGGAUUUAAUGGAACAGUAGUGCACAUAAGCUUGUCC